UAUUCAUCACAUUCUGGCACUCGCUGCCGACUCGUCGAGACUCUCGUGGAACUCGCAGCGACUGUGGGAGCUACUGGCUGCGCUCUUCUGGAGGGUCGGUUGUUCGUGAAAAAUCCCCUGGUUGGUGGAUCGAGGUUUUUUUCUGGGUGUGGAGGUUUUCGAUUGGCUUUUUUCUGGGGGAUUGGCGUUGUUGGUUAGUGUUGGAGGGCGCGCAGUUUUUGUGGGUCGGGAGGGAUUUAGGUCGGGGUUUGGAAGUAAGCGCAGGGUGCGACCAUGUCGGCACGUAAGCGGACCUUGUUGAAGGUGAUUAUUCUUGGCGACAGCGGAGUUGGAAAGACGUCGCUGAUGAAUCAGUAUGUUAACAAGAAGUUCAGCAACCAGUAUAAGGCCACGAUUGGAGCAGAUUUUUUGACAAAAGAAGUGCAAGUCGAAGACAGGCUUGUCACAAUGCAGAUUUGGGACACAGCUGGACAAGAGCGGUUUCAGAGCCUCGGUGUUGCCUUUUACCGUGGUGCAGAUUGUUGUGUCCUUGUCUAUGACGUUAAUGUUAUGAAGUCAUUUGAUAACCUUGAAAACUGGCGGGACGAAUUUUUGAUUCAAGCAAGCCCAUCCGAUCCAGAUAAUUUUCCUUUUGUGGUCCUAGGCAACAAAGUUGACGUGGAUGGUGGCAACAGUCGAGUGGUUUCGGAGAAGAAGGCCAAAGCAUGGUGUGCAGCGAAAGGAGACAUUCCCUACUUCGAGACAUCUGCCAAGGAAGAUUUCAAUGUAGAUGUGGCAUUUCAGGUUAUUGCUAAGAAUGCAUUGAAGAACGAGACAGAGGAAGAAAUUUAUGUCCCCGACACAAUCGACGUGAACUCCAGUAGACCUCAAAAAGCUUCUGGUUGCGAAUGUUGAAGACCAUUGGAGGAGCUAGUGAUGGUGCUUGCCAGAGCCUCUCAGCCAGACAUGAGGUUGGAUGCUUUUCAGGCAAUCAGUCAGAUGACUAUUACUUCACUGAGCUUUCGUAUUCAUCUCUCUUCAGUGGUGUUCGAUGCUCCUCUAAAUUGCAGAUUGUGUUUUACGCCAAUGCCAUGCUGGUAUUGUGGGUGAUUGGCAAAUUGUGCAGAUUGUUGAUGCUUUAUGUAGAUUGUUGUGAAGCUAUUUUGAUUGAAAGGGGUCUCUUGAUGCUUGUUCUAAUUCAACUAUUAGCAGGUUAGUAGAGUUUUUUAGUGGGAUGUUUUAAAAAUUUGUAGGAGACUAGUCGGCCCAAGGAAGCGGCUUUGAAGUGUAUGAUAAUCUUGAUUUUUAUUUUUGCGUGGUCUAUUUCCAGAACUAUUCAGAAGUAAUCUCAGCAUGGUGAAAUGUCGAAACGGUUACAUCUUUAAUAAGCUGAUACUUCCUAAGGAGUAGAAAAUGUUAGCAGGGACUCGAUUCAGAUUAAAUGCUAUUGUUGAACGAAAAGCUCAAAUUUCAUGUU